AUGUCCUGCGCCAUCGCUUCUAAGCCCGUCAAAAUUUUCUCUCGACCACUCGUCAAAGCUGAAGUUGGUUGGCCAGAGGAUGGAAUUAUGGGCUUUUACAACACGGAGGCCACACUCUAUGUUCUUGGAUAUUAUCUUCUCAGUCUAGUUCUACAAGUUAUUCUCCCAGGAAGAGAACCCGAAGGAGUAGUUCUAGCUCUCCGUAUGAACUUCUACGCUGUGCAUGGCAUGGCUAACCUUAACGCUUUAUUAGCUGCCGGGGAUCACCUCUUGAUGCUACUAGGUUGCGCCGUAGGAACCUGGUUAUACGGCGCUGAUUUCCCUCUAUGGACUUUUCUUUGGGAGAACCAUAUCCAAGUGGUCACUGCCAACCUUAUCAUCUGUGUUGGAUUGGCGAUUUUUGUUUACCUGAGGAGCUUCACAGUCCCUUCUCCUGGUCAACCCAACCCUACCAACCGUGAAUUAGCUCCUGGAGGGCAAAGUGGGAAUAUUAUAUACGAUUAUUUCAUUGGACGUGAACUCAACCCAAGAAUCGUCCUGCCGAUUCCAUUCGUCAGCGAAAAUUCCAGGACUUUGGACAUAAAGGCGUUUUGCGAGAUGCGCCCUGGGCUUCUUGGAUGGGUUAUAAUGAACUUGUCGAACAUUGCCCAUCAGUAUAAAAUGAACUCAGGCAAUGUCACUUCGUCAAUUCUCCUCAUCACCGCCUUCCAGGCUUGGUAUGUGUUCGACGCACUCUACAUGGAGCCAGCCAUCCUCACCACCAUCGACAUUAUUCUCGAUGGAUUCGGCUUUAUGCUGUCUUUUGGAGACUUGGUCUGGGUUCCAUUUAUCUACUCCCUACAAACAAGAUACCUCGCCAUGUAUCCUCUUCAACUCAGCCCCGUCAAUGUCGCAUUAAUCCUAGGUGCUCAGGGUGUCGGAUACUCCAUAUUCCGUGGUGCCAAUAACCAGAAGAAUAGAUUUAGGACAAACCCCGAGGAUCCACGCAUCAGGCAUAUCCAAUACAUUGAGACUCGUAGUGGAUCGAGACUCAUGACCUCUGGAUGGUGGGGAAUGGCUCGCCACGUCAACUACCUCGGAGAUUGGAUUAUGGCAUGGACCUACUGUCUCCCAACAGGUAUGGCUGGAUUUGCCAUGAUAGAAUCUUUGAACCCCGCCACUGGCAUGAUGGAAAAGCGUGCAGUCCAGACGGAAGAGACGCGCGGAUGGGGAAUGGCCAUAACAUACUUCUAUGUCGUUUACUUUGGAAUUCUACUUGUUCAUCGUGAGAGACGUGACGAAGAGAAGUGUAAGAGGAAAUAUGGCGAAGACUGGGCCAAAUAUACCUCAAAGGUCAAGAGCAGAAUCAUUCCAGGCAUAUACUAA